AUGGAGGGCGAGGACGCGGCGGCGAAGCGAGACAGAUCGAGACGGAGCGCGCGAACGCGGAAUUCAGGCGGCGAUCCCGCGCAGGAGAGGAAACCCGCGGAGAAAGGGAGCGGGGAGAAAACCGAAGCGAAGGAUGGGAGGACGGUGAACAGAGAGGAUGUGACGGAGACGAGGUACCGAGAGGGCGAGUCGCUCGCGUCUAAACUCGGCGAUGGGGCGCUCGACGUCGAGAUCGCGGCGGAAGCGACAUCGAGCGCGAAUCGCCACUUGCGCGCGCGUCAGCUCUGGGGCACGGAUGUGUACACGGCAGAUUCGGAUCUCGUCGCCGUGUUGAUGCACUCGGGGUAUUAUCGUCCGAGCGCCGUGGUUCCGGCAAACCUAGCAUCGGUGCGCGUCGUCGUUCGACCGACGCCGCAUCCCGCCGAAGGAUACGUGUCUUCUAGCCGAAACGGGAUCCGCUCGCGAUCGUGGGGUACCGUGAAGGAUGGGUGUGGCUUUGUCAUCGAGACCGCUCACGCGGUGACCAACUCCGGGACGGAGAUCGAGCUCACACCAAAUGUGAACAAGCGGAAGGUUUCACCAACGUUUUUUCCGAUGAACAAGGAACAUGUCAUUCAAACACGAAACUCAUCGACGUCUGCGACAGGUAAGAAGGGGCUCAUUCGUGAGGUCACGAUUCAAUACAAUCUGUGCAACGAGCCUUGGAUGAAGUACAGCGUGGGGUUGAUUGCCGACCAAGGUUUCAAGAGGUCUCUAUGGACGUGCGCACGACUUCGUCGCGACGCGCUGUACCUCGAGACGAACCGGAAGCGUUAUGAAUUGAGCUACGUUCAAGGUAAGGAGGGUGACGAGGAUAAAUUUAAGUGGGCGGUGAGUAAGAAGCCGCUGCCCCUGGAGGAGACGCUCGCCGCGGGCGUGCCGCUUCCCAAAUCUUACAUCGACGUCGCCGAGGACGACCUUCGUUGGGAUGAGAUUCAGUGGGGAUCGAACUCCGUGAUCGUUCGCGGGAAAGAGUACAAUGUUGUCAGGCUCCAAUACUUGCCGCACAGCGAAUGA